UGUGAAUGGGUCUAUCAGUGCCUGUGAGGUUGUUUUGUAUGUUUGUAUGCUUGUGCGUGCAUGUUUCUGGCUGUCCUCUACUUGCCAGCUGCACGCUGUCAUGGAAACAGGCAUUAGAACCCGUUGAUUGAAUCUGUGCCAUAUGUGUUCCAGCCUAGUGCUCUCCCAUCCUCUCAACUCCCUCCUCUCCACUCCACUCCUCUCUUCUCCUCUCCUCUAUACUCCUUUCCUCUCUGUCCUUCACUCCUCCUCAGUGAGCCAGGGACAGCCUCUACUCAUCCCUGCCAAACACCAUUGCCAGCAGCACUGUGGAAUGAGAAUGAGGGCUUCUGACUAACUUUAUUUGAGACCCUUUAAUUAUGAAAAUCAAUAUUUAAUUUCUACUCCGUUGUGAUUUAGUCUUUGAAUGCCGGUGGCAUUCGUUGUGUGUGAGUUUUUUUUUUUUUCUUUCUCUUUUGUUCCUUCUUUCAUUCUAACUGAUGACUUCCGCUGCUUGCUGACAGGAAGCAAUUUAGUCUGCAUUGCACAACAUGGAGUUGUCAUGGUGACAGCAGGUAAAAGGCAUACAGUCAGGAAGUACCGUUUCAGCCUUCUUAGUUUUCCUCAAAACAAGGUCAGUGUCUGAUCGCGUAAGGCUGCCAAAUUUUGUGACUUAGCCAACACGGUGCCAACCUCCCCGCGCUCCUCAGACAAACAGCAGACGCAGUAAAUAUUUGAUCACGUUGUGGGGUGGAGGGACCUGUUGUGUCUGCGGGCUUCUUUGGCUGACUCUCAUUUAGCUGGAACGCCACAUGAGGAACCAUGAAGCUUGUUUUAAUCUUACGAAGGUGGCCCACCUCAGGUUUGGAAUUUGAGGUCGAGGACAUCCUUUCCCCAGGAAGGAAAUUCUCCAGGAAUUCCUAAAUGUGUCAUCCCCUGCAGCAGAUCCGAGCUCUUCACUUUAAAACGUCGAUAUCCAGACUGUGACCCAUUCACUUUCGUCUUGUUUGUGUUGAUCUGAGACGCGUGUUACCACAGGCCAACAUGCCCAUCCUGAAGCAGCUGGUGGCGGGCUCGCAGACCAAGCGCCGCUCACGCAUGGACCUCACCACUGAGAUGAUCAGUGCCCCGCUCGGCGACUUCCGCCACACCAUGCACGUGGGCCGUAGUGGCGAGGCGUUCGGGGACACCUCCUUUCUCAGCAGCCGCUCCGGCGAGCCCCCCCGCGAAGUGGAACCGACGUUCCCUCGCUCGCCCAAACCGGGCCUGCUCUCCCGCACGUUCCGCAGCAGCAAGCGCUCGCAGUCCGUCAACCGCGUGGACCAACGCGAGAACACGUUGGCACCCCCGGAUGGAUCGCCGACCUUCGUGAAGAACGCAAUGUCCCUGCCCUUCCUCAACGACGAGGGCGACGGGGACCACCGGGAAGGAGCGGGCAGGGCGCUCAAGAGCCUCUCGUCCAGCCCCAUGAGGCAGGCACCAGAGGCGGACAGCAAGGCCUCCAACGGGGCGGUGGCCGGGGCGCGCAUGCUCGACCUGGAGCAGCACGAGCAGCUGUUCGGGAUCCUCACGGACCUGCGGUCGCCCGGGUCCUAUGGCGGGGGCGGGAUGAAGAAAGCCGAGUCUGUGAUGUCCUUCCACCUGGACCUGGGGCCCUCGAUGCUGGAGGACAUCUUGGAUGUGAUGGAGAAGGAGGAUGAUGACCUCGGGUUCGAGGAAGGGAAGAGCGGCGAGGGCCGAACCUCUCCGCCUCUCUGCAUGCACACCGUGGGUGAUGAGGGUGACGAGGAGAUGGAUGAAGAGCAGCGGGACCAUGAUGAAAAGCAUGGAAAGGAGGAAGAGCAGGAGGAUGAGAAGGAGGAGGAGGAUGUGAAGGUGAAGGUGAAGAUGAUCGAGGCGGAAAUAGAGAAUCAUGUAGAGGAUCGAGAACAUCAACAACCACAGCAUCAACAACGAUACGAGCUAGACGAGCUGGAAGACAUACAACACCUAGACGAUCAGGCUCCUCCCAGACCACCAAGCUCAGUGGACCUGGACACCCACAUGGAAGAGCCAGACAUCCCAGAGCCUCAGCCCAAACACCUCCAGAACACAGACAGCUGCUCCAUGUCCAGCUCCAGCUCCAACUCCGGAUCCGCCGCCUUGGAAGAGAAGCCACCAAGCCAGCUUCUGGAGGUGGAGACACCAGGCGUGACUCGCUACAGCCCACCGCCACCUGUCCAGGAGGGAGACUUCUCCUCGUUUAUAGAGGACGAAGACGACGAAAUCCGCGUGUAAAGCUUCGCGGUGACUCUGGAUGUAUUUAGAGACAGGCACAGAGAUUAUGUCUCGAAACCUUUUGACAUAUGUUCUGGUGGUUCAACUAUAAAAAAAGAACAGGACUUGCUACUAUGUUUCCUUGAGGAGCUAUCUGGUUUAUCAAACUCAGAAUCCCAUCUUUGGCUCCUUCCACCUCCUUUUCUUGUGGAGAUGAAUUAGAGCGACAGAUCCUGCUCUCCCAAAAGUGUCAAACGCCAUCACCAUCUGUCUCGCGCCUGGGCAUGUCAGCUGAAAAUCCAAACCAGGGAUGCAACGUGACUGGAUUAUAAUGAAACUUCUUCUUGGAUUGCUUUGAUGUCAAGUGUGCCUGCACUAAUGCCUCCAUGAGAAGAGUAAAUAUAACAUUUAGGGGACGUCGAUGUUUUUCCCUCAUAUACCAAUCUAGUGAGCCUCUUUCAGCACAUCCUCUGCCUUUAGCAUGUGGGAAACCCACUGUACAAACAACCCCCCUGGACACCCCCUGAUACCUGUGUGGGAGGAUUCUAUAAAUCCUGCCAUGUGAAUCUGUAGUCUGCAGCGCCUGACUGCUGUGUCUUCUGCAUACAGCUCGGUUUCUCUUCACCCCAGCCGCAGUACUCUGGCUAAGGGCGGUGUCUAGCCAGUACGAGUGCCUGAACGUUGAGAUUGUUCCGGAAGAGAGACAGUCUGUGUGGUAAAUCAGAGGUGGUUAAACAAAAGAUGUUGCCUCCCUCACACAGCGCCCGUGUCUGGCUCUUGUGCUAGUGCCUAAGCCACUGCUCCUGUCAGGGGAGAGUGGAUGGUAUCUCGGUUCAGAGGCCAUGCCUCUGUUUAUCUAACACAGAGCGAAGUCACAGAGCGAGGACAUGACCGAGGGAUGAUUUACUCGUGUUGUCUGUGAGGUGACUCUAGCAGGGGCAUAGCUGACUGAGUUAUGACUGAUUUUCCUGCGAUCAUCUUAGGGCAGUGGGGUGUAUCUCUUUGUGAAAGGGGAGCAUCUAAGUCGAUGACCGCUCCACUCCUCCACCUUGCUGCUGACUGGUGGUUAGGAGGAAUUAAUGGCCUGUUUCUUUUGUCAUCAGUUUCAUCAUUCUCUUUUUUCUUUUCUCCACCCUGAAAGUUUUUUGCGAUCCGUAUGCGUGUCGGGUGCAGCCUGUGGAGGCAGUUUCUCAUGUCUCGCCGCUUCCUUCCUUCCUCAUCAUGUGACCUCAAUUUGUAUCUGCCGACUGUUUAAGAGAGCUAAAUAAAACGCCUCACUGUACCUUUCAAACUCCUAUUCAACACACAUUUCCACAAGACAUUGCAGGAUGAAGUUAAAUGCUAGGCAGUAGACAGUUGUUUUGAUGUCAGCGAGCCAGUUGAGCUUCCACUAUUUUUGGUUGUUUGUAUUUUUUGUUUUUGUUCUUUUUGUGAGCGUCCGCCAGUGUAUUAAGCAAUCCGGUAGAGGCCGGAUGGUGUGUUUCUCGCUACAGAGCCAUUGCUGAGGUUUAAUGGUUUGGACACUGGACUUCAAGACUGGGGACACUUGAGACAUCACAGACACACAUAUACACACACACACACACACACACACGCAUACACACACACAGAGAGCAAAACAACAAACAAACACUAACUGUUUUGUUUACUAACAGGAGAGUUGAAUUGAUUUUGGACUGAGUCACCCAUAACCACAGAGGAGAUGCACCCAAGCCCAGUGCCUAACCUGCCAUGGUCGUCCUUUCUUAUUGAAAAAAAAAGAGAAAGCGUCCAAUACCUUUUUUACCCUGUAAAUAUUUGAUGAGAGAGACUCUCUCCCAGGUGGUUGUGGAAGGUAUCCUACCCAAGCAGGAAGGGUAUAUUCAGUCCCAUGAGCCUUAAGUAGGAAUGACAAAUGUGCCAAAUUUAAUCAAGCGUUUGCUUCUAAACAUCCACGGAUACUGUAUUUAAUUAAAUGGAGGCCCGUCAUGGUUUACUGCCUUGUUUUAUUUGUUUGUUUUCAUAUUUAUUGCCAACGCCUGUGACUAAGACUCCAUUUUGGCACGUGCAAAUGGCAGCACUAAAUAGGAGGACGGAAUGAGCCGUCUAUUUAGGAAGAUCAAAGACUGUUUACACAAGACUAGUUAGACAUAAUUAAACCGUCUUUGCGAUAGGUUGUUGUAAACCAACCCAUAUAUGUUAUUAUAACUAGCAGGCCUGGCUCCAUGAAUAACGUGUUUGAGUCUGUGAUAUGUCCAAAAUCAAUAUGCAAACUUUUUCUACAACUGACUGAUAUGAGAUGAUUAUCAAGGAGUGAACGGUUUCCCCUUCUCUGUGUAUUUCUGUGCUAUCACCACUGUAAUAUUGCUCAUUUUCUCCUCUGUGUGUGGCUUUCCCUGUAUACUCACAUGCUUUCUCCCUUUCUCACAGAUAACCGCUAUAUUUUUCAAUAAAAUAAUCCGUGGUCCUCAGCUGCUUGUUUGCUUCUAUGCCUAAAUCAGUGAAGAGAGACUUCAAUAAAGGGGUUGAAAUUGAA